GCCUCCUUCUGACUGUACGCCUACAUAAAGCAUUGCACGGCGCGCUCGGCGCUGAGCAGCAUGAGUCUCCACGGGAAAGUGGCUCUGGUCACCGGCGGCGCGCAAGGCAUCGGAAGAGCCGGGGUGGAACAUCUCCUGGAGAACGGGGCGAAGGUUGCACUGGUAGACCUGAACCAAUCUGUGGGAGAGGAAUGUAAAAGCGAUCUAGAUGGCCAGUUUGGAGAGGAUAAUUGUAUUUUUAUCCAAUGUGACGUGACUGACUCGGGGAAACUUAGAGAUGCCUUUCAAAACACAGUAGAGAAGUUUGGUCGGUUGGAUAUUGUCAUCAAUAAUGCUGGAAUCAACAAUGAGAAGAACUGGGAAAAGACCAUUGAAGUAAAUUUGACAUCUGUCAUACAGGGGACAUAUUUAGCACUAGAACACAUGAGUAAAGAGUACGGAAAAGAUGGAGGGGUUAUCAUCAACAUUUCAUCUAUGGCAGCAUUUCUGCAUUCUCCUCACCAGCCAGUAUACACAGCAACAAAGCAUGGGGUGAUUGGAUUUUCAAGAGCCAUUGCAGACGCAUCUGAACAGGGCAAUUAUGGAGUGAGGAUCAACACACUGUGCCCAGCCUUCGUGGACACCCAACUCCUUCGCACUGUGGAGCAUGAGGAAACAAUGGGCAAGUUUGUCAAGUACAAAGAUGAAUUCAAGCAACGGAUGGACAAGUAUGGCGUUCUCAAACCAUCUCUGAUUGCAGAAGGAAUGCUGCGAAUGAUAACGGAUGAAAGCCUAAACGGAGCUGUGAUGAAGAUCACCUGUUCUAAAGGGAUUCACUUCCACACCUAUGAACCUCUCUCAGCUUGAGAGCGAUGCCUUCAUCAAUCAUGUUCGUCUUUUUUCUCUCCUCUCCGUUCUUCAUCGGAACAUUUAUUUUAUUGAAGUCUAGUGCAGGCACCUCAAACCGCAACUUUUAAAGACACAAACCUAUGGCGCAUUUAAAAAAAUAAAAAGGGACGGUAUAAGUUUUCCUAUCAAUCAUUUUAGUUUUUAAAACCAAAAAGGACUGCAUACUGGUAUUCGGGCCUCUUUCAUUUUUUUUUGUCAUGCCCUUGAACAUUAAUUUGAAUGCUGUAAACUGCUUUACUGUAAGUGGUUUUGAGAAAAGAUAAUCAUAUUUAUUAAUAAUUCAGUUAUUGUUUUCGAGUCAAUCGUACCUCAAUAUAUAUCAAUGAUUUUUUGUAUAGUUUUUGUAUAAUAUUUUAGAUAUAUAUCUUUGUGGCAAAGAGAGUAUCUUUUAUUAUGUAUACCUUAUGUAGAAAUCAACCAAUAAACUUCUAAAAAAUACAAA